CCCGCAGCGACUCACCGUUUCUCCGCUGCCAAACAAACCGGAGGCCGGAACUGCUGGUUGUCCCUGGAAAAGGACAAAACAACCCGUGAAGAUGUCUGACAUGGAGGAUGAUUUCAUGUGCGACGAUGAGGAAGAUUACGACCUGGAGUACUCAGAGGACAGUAACUCGGAGCCCAACGUGGACCUGGAGAACCAGUACUACAACUCCAAAGCCCUGAAGGAGGACGAUCCCAAAGCAGCACUCAGCAGCUUCCAGAAGGUGUUGGAGCUGGAGGGAGAGAAAGGUGAAUGGGGCUUUAAAGCUCUCAAACAGAUGAUUAAGAUAAACUUUAAAUUGACCAACUUCCCAGAGAUGAUGAACCGGUACAAGCAGCUCCUCACUUACAUCCGAAGUGCUGUCACCAGGAACUACUCUGAAAAGUCCAUCAACUCUAUUCUGGACUACAUAUCUACCUCCAAACAGAUGGACCUGCUCCAGGAGUUCUAUGAAACCACCCUGGAGGCUUUGAAAGAUGCUAAAAAUGACCGGUUGUGGUUUAAAACCAACACAAAGUUGGGAAAGUUGUACUUGGAAAGAGAAGAAUAUGGAAAACUGCAAAAGAUUUUGAGGCAGCUUCACCAGUCCUGUCAGACAGAUGACGGUGAGGAUGACCUGAAGAAAGGCACCCAGCUGCUGGAGAUCUACGCGUUAGAGAUCCAAAUGUACACGGCUCAGAAAAACAACAAGAAGUUAAAAGCCCUGUACGAGCAGUCGCUGCACAUAAAGUCUGCCAUCCCUCACCCGCUCAUCAUGGGCGUCAUCAGAGAGUGCGGAGGGAAGAUGCAYCUGAGGGAGGGGGAGUUUGAGAAAGCUCACACAGAUUUCUUUGAGGCCUUUAAAAACUACGACGAGUCUGGGAGCCCGAGGAGGACGACCUGCCUGAAGUACCUGGUGUUGGCCAACAUGCUGAUGAAGUCAGGGAUCAACCCGUUUGACUCUCAGGAGGCCAAACCGUACAAAAACGACCCUGAGAUCCUCGCCAUGACAAACUUAGUAAGCGCCUACCAGAACAAUGACAUCACAGAGUUUGAGAAGAUCCUGAAGACGAAUCACAGCAACAUCAUGGACGACCCGUUCAUCAGAGAGCACAUUGAGGAGCUGCUGCGAAACAUCAGAACUCAGGUUCUGAUCAAACUCAUCAAACCCUACACAAGAAUACACAUCCCCUUCAUCUCCAAGGAGCUGAACAUCGACGUGUGCGACGUGGAGAGUCUGCUGGUUCAGUGCAUCUUAGAUAACACGAUUCACGGGCGGAUCGACCAGGUCAACCAGCUGCUGGAGCUGGACUACCAGAAGAGAGGAGGCGCUCGCUACACGGCUUUAGACAAAUGGACAAAUCAGCUGAACUCCUUAAACCAAGCCAUCGUCAGCAAGCUGACAUGAUGUCCUCCCAGAGACAGGAGGACGUCUCUGGACCUGCUCAGACCGGACCUGCAGGUUUUAAGGUUUAACAAAGACUCGUCAGACCCUGAACGUGUUUUUAUUUAGUCCCGAUGAGAAGAAAUCACUGAGUCCUGUUUGUUUCCACGUGGAGCGGCUGGUUGUGUGGUGACAGAAGAGAAACAUCUUCAUGUGUAAUUGUUGCCUGUUGGUAAUAAAUUUAUUUCUCUCAGCACUGAA